AUGGUUUCGACAAGCCGGAGAUUUGCAGAGUAUUCAGCUACAUGCAAGCUGGAUGGAAAACAUUACCUGAAGUGGUGCCAAGUUGUUCGACUGUUCUGAAAGGGAAAGGGAAGAUCAGCCAUCUCAUAGGUGCAGGGCCAAAACCAGGGGAUCCUCGGUUUGAGGCGUAUGAUGAAGAAGAUACCAUGAUUAUGGUGUCACUAUUGAAUUCUACGAUACCCGUGAUCGGCAGCACAUGUAUGUUCUUGGCUACACCCAAGGACAUAUGGGAUGGAAUCUGGCAGACUUAUUUCAAAGCUAGAGAUGCAGCUCAAAUUUAUGAAGGUGAAGGCGAUACAGUUACAUCAUAUGCUAAUCAACUGAAAGCUUCGUGGCAAGAACUUGACUAUUACAGGAUGAUUAAAAUCACACUGUCCCAAGGAGACAACUAUUUUUAAGAAUUUUAUUGAGCAAGACAAUUCGGGAUUUUCUUGUUGGGCUUAAUCUAGAGUUUGAUCAAGUGAAAACUCAGGUUCUCGGUAAACAUGAAGAUCUAGGUACCGUGCUUUAA